AUGGCUCUGAAGAAAGAUGAGCAAGCAGGGAAUGUGCCGCCGACUAAAGGGGAGUCCGACUCAGAGGUUAAGCUCGUUCUCUACCACUGGACCCAUUCCUUUAGUUCCCAAAAGGUGCGCUUAGUAAUUGCUGAAAAGAAACUGAAGUGUGAGGAACAUGAUGUAAGUCUGCCGCUGAGUGAACAUAACGAACCGUGGUUUAUGCGUUUGAACUCUUCUGGAGAAGUGCCUGUCCUUAUCCAUGGGGAAAACAUUCUUUGUGAGGCAACUCAGAUCAUUGAUUAUCUUGAACAGACUUUCGUGGAUGAAAAGACACCCAGGUUAAUACCUGAAAAAGAAAGCAUGUAUUACCCACGAGUCCAGCACUACAGAGAACUCCUUGACUCCUUGCCCAUGGAUGCCUAUACACAUGGUUGCAUCUUACACCCAGAACUAACAGUGGACUCCAUGAUCCCUGCUUACGCCACAACAAGGAUUCGAAGCCAAAUAGGUAAUACUGAGUCUGAACUGAAGAAACUUGCUCAAGAAAAUCCAGACCUUCAGGAUGCAUACAUAGCAAAGCAGAAACGUCUUAAAUCAAAGCUACUGGACCAUGACAAUGUAAAAUAUUUGAAGAAAAUACUUGAUGAGCUUGAGAAAGUUUUGGAUCAAGUUGAAACUGAAUUGCAAAGGAGAAAUGAAGAAACCCCAGAGGAGGGCUGCCAGCCUUGGCUCUGUGGUGAAUCUUUCACAUUGGCAGAUGUAUCGCUUGCUGUCACAUUGCAUCGACUGAAGUUCCUGGGUUUUGCAAGGAGAAACUGGGGAAACGGAAAGCGACCAAACUUGGAAACCUAUUACGAGCGUGUCUUGAAGAGAAAAACAUUUAACAAGGUUUUAGGACAUGUCAACAAUAUAUUAAUCUCGGCAGUGCUGCCAACAGCAUUCCGGGUGGCCAAGAAAAGGGCCCCAAAAGUUCUUGGCACCACCUUUGUGGUUGGUCUGCUUGCAGGAAUGGGCUAUUUUGCUUUUGUGCUUUUCAGAAAAAGAUUUGGCAAUGUGUUUUUAGCACUGAGAGCAAGACAAAAUUAUUUCUAGGCUUGUGCUGUGUUGGCUAUGGCAAACGAUGUGGCCUUUCCAAUUGACACUUGCCUCGCUCCUAGGGCUGGUAAAGCAUUAUCCUCAAUGAGCAGGAAGACGUGCUGAUUUAAUUUCCUUUACUCUCUGGCUAGCUUAUAAGUUGAGGGCAAGCUAUAGGAUUCUUUUUUUUUUUUUUGUGCUUUGGUAAAUUUUGAGUACUUGUUUGAAUUAAAACAUCUUUUAAAAAAUAGGCAAGGUGAAUUUAUAUAAAAGAUAUCUUAUGUAGUUAGACCAUUGUUUCAAGAUUGCAAUUUCCCCUUGCUACUUAAAUAAAAAGAUGUGCUGCUGAAUU